CGAUAAUUACCUAAUAAUCGACGCCAGAAUAUAUCAUUCAUCAAUUAGAACACAAAGAAAAUAAAAUAAUGUGUAUAAAGACUGAAGAGGAUGUCAAUGAACAGAGAGUCAAAUUUUCAUGAAAAACGCACGUGUAGCUAUUUGUUCAAAGUUAGCAACAUAGAUGAACAAUUUGAGUACACGGAAAGUGAUGCUACCUUUCCAUUAUUUUGCGUAGAUCGACUCCAUCUUGGUGAGCUGAUCCAGUGUUUGACGUGUAAAACUCAAUUUAAAAGUUACUCCUUUAGUGAUAUUUGCGCACAUUACACUCAGUUCCACAAUUGGGAAAAUGCUGGCACUGUAAAUAUUUAUAAUUGCCUAUAUUGCACGGGCAACGUUCAUUUUUAUUUGCGAUCAGCUCGAACGGAUCCAGAAAUUUUUCACUUUUGUAAACCUAUAGAAAAAACUGAUUAA